AAACUGGAGACUCCUGUAGACAGACAGGCCAUGGAGGAAGACGUGCAGCAGUGUGAGCACUGCAAAAGAAGUGUGGCCUCGGCCCACUUUGCCCUCCAUGAGGCCCACUGCAUGCGGUUCCUGGUCCUCUGCCCAACGUGUGAGGAGCCCGUCCCCAAGAAGGAGCUGAAGGAGCACUUUGAGGACAAGCACAUGGAGGUCAAGUGUGCUAUGUGCCGGCAGACCAUGCAGAAGUAUCUGCUGGAGGUUCACGAGGACAAGGAAUGCCAGAUGCGUCAGGUCCAGUGUAAGUUCUGUGAGCUGACCAUGAACUUCAGCAAGCUGGAGGACCAUGAGUACAGAUGUGGCAGCAAGACAGAGCUCUGUCCGGACUGUAAUCAGUUCAUCCAGCUCCGUAAGCUGGCCUACCACAAAGACACCUGCCAGCGGGGCCAGACGGAGCCCAGGAAAGGGAGGAGAACGUCAGCCCCUGGGAAGAAAAUCAACUGUGUUUCUUGCAACCAAAUGAUUGCAGUCAAUGAGUAUGCCCACCAUGCAGAGAAUGGUUGUCCAGUCUCUGCGUUGGCAAAAUGGUCUUUAUCUGGGAAGCCAGGAAGUUCUUCCUCAGCCCUUCCAAGCCCUUCUGCUGUGGAUCAGACUCCCACCGGAGGGCAAGUUGUCCGGCCAAAGACACAAAAGGCCCAGCGACUGCCGCGUGCUGGAAGGUCCACACCGCGGUCGUGGGGAGGCAAGCAUAAAGCCCAGGAGCUGCCUUCCAAGACGGAGCGCUGGUCCAGGCCCACCUCACCUGGAGGAGAUGAGACAGCCUACGACAUUCUGAGGAAUUGUUCUCGGUGUGAUAUUCUACUUCCCCUGCCGACCCUGAUUCAACACCAGGAGAAAUGCCGGUGCUUCCCAUCUUCAAAAAGGCAACAGGUGCGAGGUUCCUGCUAGAUGAGAAAAGGCAUCCUGGAUUACGAAUUGGGUUGCUGACUGCAAGGUCAGCAGUUCGAAACCACCAACCGUUCCCUGCGAAAAAGAUGAAGCUUCCUGCUCCUGAACUCCGCUUUGCCCCCUGAAAAAUAAAAGUCAUCCUGCCUAAAUGUG